AUGACCCAAGGCAAGCUGGAUGAGCUAACGGCGGAACUGGACCAACUCCGCACCGUCAGGAAGCCGGCCAUCGCCGAGCAGAUGAACGCUGCGCGAACCCGCGGCGGCAGCGAUGACAACGGCGAGCAGGAUGUCGCCAAUCAGGACUUCGCCUAUGUGGAGGGUAAAAUCCGCUCGCUGGAGAGCCUGAUUAACAACGCGGUCAUUGGCGACUUUGAGCACGCUGACGACAGUCCACCUGGUGUCGUGGCGAUGUGGGGUCGGGUCACAGUGGAACGCGAAAACGGGCAACAGAUGCAGUACCAGAUAACCGGCUCGUUGGAAUCCGACCCCGCCCAAGGGAAAAUUUCCCAUGUGUCCCCAAUCGGCAAGAGUUUGUUGGGCAAACGCGCCGGCGACAUUGCCGAAAUACAGAUUCCCAAUGGCAAGAGCAAGCUAAAAAUUAUCUCGGUAAGCUAA